AUGGCCAUCUCACUGAGAACGUUUAUAUGGAACAACCAAAAGGCUUUGUUGAUGCUUGUUUUCCAUCUUAUUCGUUCGGAUCCUUCUCUAUUUGUGUUCAACCAAAAUUCUUGUGUCAUGUAUCUUCUUGUUUAUGUGGAUGAUCUCAUCCUGACUGGGAAUCAAUCUACUGCUCUUCAAACUUUUAUCUCCUGCCUCAACACUGAAUUUGCCAUAAAAGAUCUGGGGAAACUUAAUUAUUUUCUAGGACUGGAGGUUACUUACACGACGAGUGGCUUAUUCUUGAAUCAGUCCAAAUACACUAAAGAUAUUCUUGCUCGAGCAAAAAUGUUGGAGGCGAAACCUGCCCCAAUUCCUUUAAGCACUAAUGUUUCUUUUGUUUUUGUAGGUGAUCCAUAUCCAGAUGUUACUCAUUAUCGUUCGAUUGUUGGUGCUUUGCAGUACUUGACAAUUACGAGACCUGACAUAUCGUAUGCAGUAAAUCAAGCUCGUUGUUUGGAAACACGUCGCUCCACUUAUGGUUAUUCUAUAUUUUUUGGGGGAAAUCUUAUAUCUUGGAGUGCUAAGAACCAACCAACUGUUGCUAGAUCAAGUUGUGAAUCUGAGUAUCGUGCCAUAGCAAACACGGCUGCUGAAAUUGUUUGGUUGACGCAUCUUCUUCAAGAACUUCAUGCAUUACCUCUUGACAAGCCCACUAUUCUUUGUGAUAAUCAAAGUGCUAUUUUUCUCACGCAAAAUCCUGUUUCUCACAAGCGGGCUAAACAUAUUGAUCUUGAUUAUCAUUUUUUACGUGAGCUUGUUACUGCCGGGAAACUUGUCACCAAAUUUGUGCCAACCAAGCUUCAGGUUGCGGACAUCUUCACGAAAAGUCUUCCUUCUCAUUAG